UCAUCCAUAGUCCAAAUAACCAAAGCCUUGUAUAAUUAUCUAAAAUUAUUUAAGUUUCCCCGCCCAUUUUCCCUCCUUCCUAAAAAACCCAUAUAUCCCCUGUCCCCUUGUUCCAAAACCUAAAUUGAAUCACACAUCCUUCUAUUCCCUCCCUCUCUCUUGCGCUUUCAAACUGCCCUACUACUACUCAUGCUUCCACCAUUCGAAUCGUCUGUUGUGGGGCUGCUCCGGAGGUGGUACUUCUCAGGGCCGGCUCAGGUGUAAUUAAAGUGAAGCGGUCUCUUGGGACCUCCAAUUUUUUAGGGUUUUUGAGUUCUUGAUAACUUUCAGUAAUAUUGUUAUUGUCUGUGUUUAUGGUUUCCUUUAACUAUUUAUAAGUUUGAUCAUGUAUAUUCUUGUGGUCUAUAGUAAUUCCCUAUUGAUAUGUGCUAGAUACUUUGCACUUCACAUAGCACAUAAGGUGUUUGAUGUAAUGUCAAAGAAAGAUGUGUUGUCUAUUAUUUAAUUGGUUCAGUUGUAUGCUUAAAUUUGAUAUAAGUUAUAUAGAGUUUUAUGAAAAUGUUGAUAGCCGUGUCCUAUUGUUAUGCUCAAAGUUCUUUGCAGACUUGGCAACACAUAUUUAUGAAUUCGACCAUAUUAAUGUGAUUAUGACUAGUUGUUAGUUUCUUGGCAACUUGACUUUGAAUAUGCUAUUGUGGCUUGCUAGUUUCUUGGGCUUAAUUUUUGGUCAUAUAUCAUUAUAUAACAAAGAUUGUUCGUAAACAUCUGAUAAAAAUUUAUGAGAUUAUAUCAUUGUUGCUACUAGUUCUAAUGUGUAAUUUUUUAGGCUAUUUUUUGUGGUCAGAAGCUUAGUAUUAGUUACCUGUUUAGUAUAUUCCAUGCAUUUGUGUAAGAAUUUUGUUUGGAAACUUUGUAAUUUUUGUCGGGAAUUGAUGUUAACUUUUGUAAAAGGCGCAAAGAAUAGGCUUCAUGUAAAAGAGGGAUGAACUAUUGAAUUAGAUUGGUAGCUUAAUUAUCAAAUUCGAUAGUAUUGAUAUAUAUGGUCGAGUUACACCUGCUGUGAAGAAGAUGCGCAUUUAUAUAGUCUUCUAGUUUAAACUUUAAUAUAUCCUACAUGUAAUACAUUUUUGUUGGUUAUGACUAGAAUCAAAUAUGGUUUGAAUGUGAAUAUUACUAGACUUGCUAGUGUUGUUUAUCUGGCAAGAUCAGGAAGAGAUUUAUCUAGUCAGGGUAUAAUAUAAUAUUUUUUUAUGUACCAUUCGGUGAGUAAGUUCUUAGACUUCAAAGUUCCUCAAAUUCACAGAGACUCAAUCAUCAUGUUCAGCCUUCAGCUAUGGAUGAACUUGGAUGAAGAUGCAUAUCCAAUAUGCAUGAAUAUAUCAGCACUUGUUUCCUUGUCAUCAAGGUUGGGCAUCAAGAAUGUAAGAAACUCAUGUAGAGGGCUACACAAAGGCAAAGAUCAAGGUUACAAUCUGGUUUUAAACUUAAAACAAGCAAUAUUUGGUGUUGAAAAAGAGAUCAAAGUAACUCGUCUUGAGAGUUGUGGACCUUGCAACAAGUCUAGUGUCAAACCUGGGACUAGCGCGCCCAAAUGCACAUGUAGUGAUCAAAUUCAAAUUGUCUUUACCUCUGGUUAUGCAAUUUUAGAUCUCAAUAUUUGUAGAAUUUAUACAUUGUUGUAAAUUUCUUGGAAUAUAAUAUAUGUAAAUUAUGUUUAGCAA